AUGCAUGUAACUCGAUAUCAUUAUGAAGGAGAUUCGGCGACCACAAACAUCGUUUUGACAAAGUCAAGAGAUUAUCAAGAUAUGUCUGUUCGUCCGAGAGUCCGCGAAACACCCGUGCCACUUGUUGGAUGUGCUUUCAGCGGCGAGAAACGGUGGAGAAGAAACCCGAAUUAUGAAGAUUUCAGUAUCACCUCUCAAGUGUGGGUCAACACUGACGUCGCCACCGGCAUGUUUGUGUAUUCUGCAUACUACGACUACGACGUCGACGACGAAAAUAACACCGUGCCAUUCAUCCGAAUUAUCGGUGUCGGGACGACGUCAGCACAGCAUCACCUGGUCUGUGUUGUACAGUGGUCUGUCAAUUCCACGUGUUUGGAAGAGCGACAAGCCAGGGUGGAAAUUUUACCGGAAAACAAGAAUAAAAGAUACACUGUUUUGUUCGUCAUCUGCAACAUCAGCGGUUCGGACAGAAGAAACCCGUAUGCCGUGUCAAUAACUGGAGAAAACAGCACCUAUCUAGCAAACAGACUGUUGGUCAAGUACCCAGAACCAUUCCGCUACAACCUCACCGUGUGUUUCCCGGCCAUCCAUUCGAAAUACAACAACGAAACAGAAUCUAUUCAAACUAUGGAGGUAGACCAACUUUUAGGCGUUGAACAUUUUGUCAUCUAUAAUCUUUCCAUAGGAGCUAGAGUCCAAGCCAUUUUAAACUACUAUCGUAAUCAAGGAAUUCUGGAUGUCAAAGCGUGGAAUAUGCCUGUGACGGACAUUCAUUAUUUUGGGCAGAUGGCAGUCAUUAAUGACUGCAUCUACUCAAACAGAGGGAGAUCGAUAUAUAUCAUUGUUAAAGACCUAGACGAAUUCCUCGUCCCAUACAAGGACAAAACGUUACCACGUCUUAUUAAUUCCAUGCUGACUCACAAACCCAAGACGGGAGUCAUCUUGUUUCGACACUCUCUCUUUCAUCUGCAAUGGCCGGAUGACGUAGCAAAGUUCAAGGACGGUCAGAGUGCAAAACAGCUCCAGCUGUAUACGUUGUUGAAGGUGUGGCGUGAAAAUCUCAUCAUGAUCGAGUGUCGGGUACUCGAGGUGUAA